CCAUUUCCAAAUUUUCCUCUUUUCCCGUAUUCUCUUCCGUCCAAAACCGCUUCCAAUCCUCUCCGCUCAUCUCCAUUAUUCCCGAUUUCUCAUUCUUAGAUAUAGAUUUUCCUCUUUAGAUCUAAAUCCCACAAAAAUGGUGUCCAAGAUUAUCAAGAAAACCCCAACAAAAACCAUCAAGAACAACCGCCGCCAGCAGCGCCGGAAGAAAACCCCCGUAAAGAAUGCCUCCACCGCAGCGUCUUUGGUGGCUGCAUCCAUCAAUAAGUCCUUCUGCACUUGCCACCGCCGCCUCAUCAAGAUCUUCUCCAAAUUAGCCCGGAUUGCUACCCCGAAGAAGAAGUCCCCACGAAAACAGGGCUAUCAAUUACUUCAUAAAGCUUCUGAAGAAACCAGAAGUGGAGUUGUAAAGGCUCUGUUUGAUGAUAAUGGAGUUUCUGUUCCCCUCCCACCUUUGGUUUCGUCCAAGAAAGGGACGGUUUUUCUUGAUUUGGAUGAGACUCUGGUGCAUUCUAAACCGAGUAUACCUCCGGAGAAGUAUGAUUUCGUUAUAAAGCCGGUGAUUGAUGGCCAAAAGGUGGAAUUUUUCGUGCUGAAAAGGCCAUUUGUUGGUGAAUUGUUGGAGAGUCUGAGCAAGAAUUUUGAGAUCGUUGUUUUUACGGCAGGGAUAGAAGUUUAUGCCUCCCAAGUGCUCGACAGAAUUGAUCAAAAGGGGUUGAUCUCCCACAGGUUGUACCGUGAUUCCUGUAAAGAAGUUGAUGGCAGGUUUGUGAAAGAUCUAUCUGAUUUGGGCAGGGACUUGAAAAGGGUUGUCAUUGUGGAUGACAAUCCUAAUUCAUAUUCAUUUCAGCCUGAGAAUGCGAUUCCGAUUCCGCCCUUUGUUGAUGAUCUUGGUGAUGAGGAGCUCAAGAAGUUGAUUCAAUUCUUUGAUCAGUUUGAUGAAAUUGAGGAUAUGAGAGAUGUUGUCAAGUCUUAUGCAUCUCAAUUUUCACAAGGGCCUGAGAAUUUGGAAUUGUAAAUCAUUACUAUUUUUUUUUUUUUUAUCAUUUUGUUUUUGUUUCUCCCUUCUGUUACAGAUUGUAAUGAGAUGGGAUGAUUUGGAAGAUAGAAGCCCGUCUUUACAAAAUCAGGAAUUUACAUACAUUUUUCCCUUUAGUUUCAG